AUGACUGAAGGUGAACUACAGACUUUUUGUCUGAUUGAGAUUCAGAAGUUGCUCCAGAAUAAUGGGAAGUCGUUAAGAGAUUAUGCUGGUAUGUCAUGUCCAGAUAUCCAAUUGGUUUCUCAGUUCAGCAACUCUAUGUUGCUACGGGAAAUGCAAUAUAAUAUUGGUUUAUUAAUCCAGGAGCAUGAUUCAAAUUUAUUAAAGUUGAAUGAAGAACAGAGAGUUAUAUAUGAGAAAAUUGUCAACCGUGUUUGUAACAAAGAAGGCGGAUGUUUUUUUAUAUACGGAUUUGGAGGAACUGGAAAAACUUUCUUGUAUAGAAAAUUGUCAGCUAGGUUGCGAUCUGAGAGGAAAAUUGUCAUUAAUGUUGCAUCGAGUGGAAUUGCAGCAUUGUUGUUACCAGGGGGCAAGACAGCUCAUUCAAUGUUCAAUAUUCCAAUUGAGUUAAAUGAGUGUACUGUUUGCAGAGUCUCAAAGGAUAGUGUUAAGGUAGAAUUGAUUCGAUGUGCUGAUUUGAUUAUUUGGGAUGAAGCACCAAUGACUAAUAGGUUGGCUUUUGAGGCAUUGGAUAGAACCCUUCGCGAUAUAAUGUCGUCUGUGUCUGUUGUUAACAAAGAUUUACCGUUUGGUGGAAAAAUAAUUGUUUUGGGUGGUGAUUUCCGACAAGUAUUACCUGUUGUCCCCAAAGCUUCCAGAGCUGAGAUUAUGAUGGCCACUAUUAAUUCUUCAAUUCUUUGGAAGCAUUUUGAGGUAUUAACCUUAACAAAGAAUAUGAGAUUAGAUAGUGCAUUGGAAGAGGCUGUUGUGGAGGAGUUAAGAUCCUUUUCAGAUUGGAUACUUCAGAUAGGAGAGGGAAAAUCUGGUGUGGUUAUCAGUGAUAAACUUUGUGUUGAAGUACCAACUGAUUUGCUUAUUGAUACUUCUGAUAAUCUGGUUGAAGAUAUUAUAAAUGUGGUUUAUCCAAAUAUUGUUGUCAAUUUUGCAAAUCCAAUUUUCUUUCAAGAUAGAGCAAUUUUGGCUCCAACGGUUGAAAUUGUUGAAGAGAUUAAUAACUACAUAGUUAAUCUGUUACCGGGUGAAGAAAAGGAGUAUUUGAGUGCCGAUAUUAUUUGUGGUAGUGAUGCUUAUGGUGAUGUUGAUUGUAGUUGGAUAACCACCGAAUUUUUAAACCAAAUUAGAUGUUCUGGGUUACCCAAUCAUUCUGUCAAAUUAAAGAAAGGUGUACCUAUUAUUUUGCUGAGAAAUAUUGAUCCAACUAAUGGGUUGUGCAAUGGAACACGACUUAUUAUAAAAGACCUGGGAUCAAAUAUGAUUGCAGCCGAAGUUGUUUCUGGUAGUAACAUUGGUGAUCAAGUAUAUAUUGCUCGAAUGAAUCUCAUUUCAAGUGAUGCUGGGAUACCUUUUAAAUUCCAACGUAGGCAAUUUCCAAUAAGUUUGUCGUUUGCAAUGACGAUUAACAAAAAUCAGGGGCAAACGUUAUCUGUUGUUGGAUUAUUCUUACGGCAUCCAGUAUUUUUCCAUGGUCAACUCUAUGUCGCUGUAUCUCGUGUGAGGAGCAGAAUUGGACUAAAGAUUUUGCUGCUUGAUGAAAAUUCAGAAUUUUCAAAUUUCACUGAGAAUGUUGUUUUCACAGAGGUUUUUGAUAAAAUUUGA